UACGUUAAGGUUGGGGUAUUCGGUUUCAGUUAAAUUUGUUGAAUUUUGUUGCGCUCAUCGGUUGAAGAUGGUUUCUCGUCUGCCGAAAUGCCUGUCAGAGUUUUCGCUCGAGGAGCCAGCCGAGAACGGCCCGGAUGUGCAGCAGAGCAAAUCCGUCGGCUACAAGAAGAAGAAGAAGUUGAGAAAAGACACGCCCAGCAGGCCAAUGGGCGUGCAGGAGCUGGCGCGCUACGCCAUGUGGCGCGAGCAUCGGGAACGCCUGAUGAACAUCGUCAGCGAAAUUGAUCAAUCCCCGCCAGCCACUCAGGCGGUGCGCCAGACGCGUGUGAAUGCGCUGCGCGAGGAGGCGGAACAGUUCAUGAGACGCACCAAGGAGAACAUUCACAUGCUGCUCAACAUCUCCCAGACGAUGCGCACCCACGGCGCCAUCCAUCCGUUUCGGCUCGAUGCGCCCUACGUGAUGUCCGCGGUGCCGGCGACGAUCAGCGAUCUGGAGCAGCUGGAGCAGGACAACUACGAAAUGGGCAAGCGUCUGCUGAGCAUCGGCAGUGAGAUCGACUCGGGCCUCAAGGCUGAUGGGGCCGUCAAAAAGCGGGACUCGAAGCCCUUUGUCAUGCCCGAUCGCGCGAUGGCCAAGUACAAGCCGUACAACAUCAAGCUGCCCUCCACGGACAAGGAGCGCUGGCAGCUCUUCCGUCCGCGCAUCUACUUCGACAUGUAUCUAAAGGACGCCCGUCCACUGGGCCGCAUCGUUGUCCAGCUCUACACGGAGGCGGCGCCCGUGGUGGUGCUCCAGCUGGUGCGCGCCUGCAUGUGCAACAUGCACAGCAAGUUUCAGAUCAAGCGCCUCUUUCCCAACCUCUGGCUGGACGUCGAGCUGCCCACCGAGAACAACAGCGCCCUGAACAGCCCCCUGGAGUACGAUGGCAAGAUCAUCGAUCAUGGCUCCGGCGGCUAUGUGCUCUCGUUCAGCAAGAGCCAUCUGGCCGGCUUCGGCGACAGCAUUCCCUUCUCCAUUUCGUUCAAGCCGCUGCAUGUGGUGAACGGCUCCAGGGUGGGCUUCGGCCGUGUCGUCAAGGGCAGCAAGAUCUUCGAGUGCCUGCAGAGCUAUGGCAACAAGAAUGGCACGCUCAGCCGUGCCCUCAGCUUCACCGACUGCGGCGUACUCUGAGCCGCCCCAUCAGACUCCCAGAUUCCACAGAUGUCCAGACA